AUGACUGAGAACCUAAAGUUGGCCAGCAAUGCCAUCUGUCACAACAAGAAGACCCUGACACCUCGGCUGGCUGGCUGCAAUGAUGAGGAGCUUAACAAGCUGCUCAGUAGGGUAACCAUUGCCCAGGGAGGAGUUCUGCCCAACAUCCAACAUCUGCCUGAGAAGACCAAGAGCCACAAGCCUGUCAAGGCCAAGUAA